AUGCUUGCUUCCUCUAGCUCAGCCUCAACAGGACAAAUGAUACCAGUAACGUUCAAAACUGAAGUGCAGCCUUAUCCAACAGGAGUGCCUGUUCCAAUCGAUUCGGAGCCAUCUACUCCUGAGCCUAUGCCAUCCCAAACUCCAUCCCCUACAGGUCGUCAUGGUGGUGACGAGGGAGAUGGCAAUGAAGACGAGAUUUCAAGCAUGCCGAUGAUGCCAACAGGCAAUGAGCCAGCGACCCUUGACCCAGACCCAACCGCCAGUAUACCCCUGAUUCCGGAAUAUUCAUCCAUCCUGAUGAUCCCUGAAUCCAGCAUGAUGUCAGCAACAAUUCCGACACCCCAGGCUCCUAAGUAUUAUCCUAGGUACAUGAGAGAUCCAAGACGCCAGAGAGGUGGUCCAUCAUCGAUGAGCUCUGUCCCAGGCUGUACAUCUGAAAUAUCAACCCUGGAUCCAACUUCACUUACCCAACUGCUCCCAGAGUCCAGCAUGUGGGCGACUACUCAGGCCAUCUAA